AUGCAUUUCCUUACUUCUCGGGCCCUUUCAAUAGGGCGCCAGGCUCUCUCGCAACAGCCUGUAUCCUUCACACAGCGAGCUGCCCUCAGCACGGUGCGAACAGCCCCAGAUCGUACACCAACAUUCAAGAAGCACGUCUCAUACAAGCCGAACCCUCUCGAGAAAGCCACCAACCCCAACAAGAAGAACAAGAUUCCCUACAAGGACCGUCCUCUUAAGCAGCCCAUGUUCACUCUACCGCACGGAGAUCCCGGGCACAUCGGCACAUAUCUUCGCUAUGUCAUCAAGCGAACGCCAUCUUCUCAACUCCCUGUCUAUCGUAAGUGGAUGUCUGGGGGCAACCGCUGUAUUGUUCUUAUCAAGAAGGUCAAGGGUGACCUUCCCAAGCUGGUUAAGGAUUUGUUAAGGGACCUGGAGAUUAAGGCAGACGACAUUAGAAUAAAUCCCGUGACACAACAUAUCGAAAUCAAGGGCGACCAUUACAUCGACACAAUGAACUGGAUUGUCAAGAACGGCUUCUAG